GUCUGUCAUGGGGAAUGAAACAUCUAGCAAAUCACAGAAUGCAGCUGCAGAGCCAAAGAAAACGACGACAGAAGAUGAGACGAAGACGCCGACCGGAAGGGGGAGAAAAACAACACCUCAGAACGAUGGAGACGAUAAAGGAGAGGUCAGGAAUAAUAGUAGACCAGGGAUUGUUCCCAAACCACUGACAGCACUUUCUAAUAGAAGUGAGGAGGAAUAUGUUCGUUACCACGGAAACACUCCAAUGGGACGGCUACAACGUAGUGACCUUUAUCCGUUUUUUAAGUACCAAUAUAGACCUCGUAGGGGCAGGGACUAUCGGUUUAGUGUGAAAACUGCGUCUACAGUUUCGGAUGUAGAUGUCUCACCCAACCAUAUCCCUGCUGACCCCCCAGUAGGAGAAGUGGAUGAGUCGGAGCUGGAUGAUACCAAGCUGACAGAGGCCGAUAUUUACGACCGAGCAAGGAGCGCACCUGCAACUUUGAAUGACAGCUACAAACACCUAACCGACUACUUAUUCAAAGGUAUCGAGUUUAUGAACCAACCUGAUUUGUUAAAAACACGUGUGGUCAUGAUAUGGUUGAGUAGACAAGAUUUGACGUCACCCUUGUCUGGCCCUGCUGAUUAUGAAACCCCCGAAAAGGGCAUCGUACGGUUAAGCAACAACACACAGUUUGAAUACUCGCGCUUUCUGUCGAUUCUGUAUGAAAAGGCUGGCAUUAAGUCGGUGGAAAUAUCGGGCGUAUUCAAACCGAUAAGUUACGAACCAGACAAUGGCAAAGAUCUCCCUGAAACCUCAUGGAUCGCUGUCUAUCUUGAUGGUAGAUGGCAAUUGAUAAUGCCGUAUUUUGUAUGUACCAGACGGAAACAUACGUGGCUUUCAUCGGAACCAACAAAUAAAGAAACUAUGAAGGACGAUGGAGAGGGACCUGUUUUCAACUACUUUUACUUUUUGAUGAAUCCAAAGCAAAGCAUCAACUGGUUUUAUCCGAACGAACCAAAAUGGCAACUGUUAAAGCGGGCAUUACAAAAAGAAGAAUACUUGGAGCUUCCUCUCUUCAAGUCAGAAUUCUUUGAACUAGGCUUAACACUUGUUUCCAAAAAUUCGUACAAUUUGCAUUCAGAAGAAGGUAGGGUAAUAAUAGACAUUUUAUCGCAGGAGGAUCUUGCCGAUGAGAUCUAUCUUUGGUAUGAUAUAGCACUAGUUACCUGUACUGGGAAACACAAUGUAGACACUCAGAAGAUGAUAAUCCACGACAACCUCCAAAGGCUUGUGGCAAUGGUUAAACACAAGGAGAAAUGGAUGUUCCAGAUGACUUUGCCUAUUGAGGGAGUGUACAAGGUAACAAUAUAUGCUAGUGUUAAUGGCGAUGACUUCGGACCAAUAGUCAAAUUUCGACUACACUGUGAAAAUCGAUUUGACAAGUGUAGCAUGCUUCCUGCUGAUCCGAAGGAAGUCGGGUUCGGUCCAGGAUUAGCUGCUAAGGACGGGGGGUUAUUGUUUCCAUCUCAUUCUAACGGGUUUUACUCUGUCGGACACAGCACUGUUUUCACAGUAUCGUUUGUGCUUGCAAAAGACAUAGUCGAGGCAAUUGAGGUGACUAGCACCCUUGCGCAGACAGAGGAAAAGGGGGUCAAAGG